AUGGCGGCGGAUGAGGAGGCGGCGUCGGAGAGGUUUGUGGCGGAUCCGCAUAAUUCGACCACCGCGACAAUUCAUCGGGAUAAUCAGCCGUCCCCCAACACCGACGAUUUUCAUCAUCAGAAUGAAUCUAGAGAAGAAUCGAAAGUCUCAGGAACCCCGCCUUCAUCUUCAUCCUCGGAUAAAAACAGUACCUUGACAAACGGGGUUAAGGGCAGAACUUGCAAGGGAUGUUUGUAUUAUUCCUCAGCUUUCAAAUCCAAUUCCCGCAACCCUGUCUGCGUCGGUUUUACCCGUUCCUAUCCAAAUGUACCCCGAAAUGUCGUUAGCAAAUCAGAGAUGGAGGCGUCCCAAGCAGGAAGCAGGCUGGUAGAUUUUAAAUAUAGUUGCCUUGGCUACUCAGCUUACUCUGUCGAUAAAGUUCAACCAAAUGAUGAGAAAGAGACGACGACACUGCCUAUUUGUGUUGGAAUUGAGAUUUUGAUGGACAGAAGAGUCAGAAAUGUUAGUUCACCUCCGGCUCACAUACAUAACAAAGAAGUUGCUUUUUAA